UCAUCGACUCCAACGGAAAUACCAGUAGAUACAUUUGCUCUCUCUCUCAGUUUCAUUCUCUGUCCAACACCAAACCCUAACCCUAGUUAGUGCGAUUCAAUUUCGCUUAUUAUCAGAUGGCCACAGAAGAACCGGUUGUGGCGGUCGACUGCGCACCUGAACCUGAGGUGACUGAGCCGGCGGCGGAGGAAGUACCAGAGGCGAAAACCGGAAAGUCGAAGAAAGCGAAGGAGCCAAAAGCUAAGAAGCCAGCCGCCCCAAAGAAACCUAGAAACCCUCCUUCGCAUCCUCCAUACAUUGAGAUGAUUACAGAGGCGAUCGUGACCUUGAAAGAGAAGAGUGGAUCGAGCCAGUACGCGAUCACAAAGUUCAUUGAGGAAAAGCAGAAGUCACUUCCGGCGAACUUCAAGAAGCUGUUGCUGCACAAUUUGAAGAAGUUUGUGGCUUCCGGUAAGCUUGUGAAGGUCAAGGGCUCGUUUAAGCUUCCAUCGUCUGCUGCACCAAAGCCAGCGGCUACUGCUCCUGCGAAGAAGAAACCGGUUGCUACGGUGAAGCCGAAGACUGCCAAACCCGCAAAGGGAAAGAAAGCACCGGCGAAACCUAAAGCCGCUGCGAAGCCAAAACCGGCUGUUAAGGCCAAGCCGGCUGCGAAGCCCAAAGCCGCUGAGACCAAGCCGAAGACUGCUGCAAAGCCUAAAGCUGCCCCGAAGCCCAAGGCUACUGUGAAGAAGACUAAAGCUGCUACGAAGCCAAAGACUAAGGAGCCUCCGGCUAAGGCCUCAAGGACAUCGACUAGAACAACUCCGGGGAAGAAAGUCGCAGCUCCCAAGCCGGCACCAAAGAGAACUCCGGCUAAGAAGGCAGUGGCCAAGCUGAAGACAGUGAAGUCUCCGACCAAGAAGGCAGCGGCAAAGAAGGGAAAGAAGUGAGGUUGAGAGAGUUUUCUGUAGGGUAGUACUGUAAAUUUGGCUGUAUGCUGAUCAAAGUAAUAGCAUCGGAUUUUUGCUUGUCUUUUGUUUGUUUUCUAAUUUUCUGUAAUUUUUCUCUCUCUUCCUCCCCACAUUUCUCUUUCUUUCAAGGGAUUUGAAACAGUGGUAAAUGUUUUAAUCAGUUUAAUCUAUCUGAGGUGAAUUAGAAUUA